AUGAGAUCUUGUGAUGAGAAUGCAAGCAAGAAAGAUGAUUCCGAUAUGAGUCAAGAUGAAUAUGAAGUGGAAAAAAUUCUUGGUGUUUCUGCAGUCGAUGGCAAAUUGCUGUAUAAGGUACGAUGGAAAGGUUUUGGAAGUAAUGACGACUCUUGGGAACCAGAAGCAAAUCUUCAUUCGGCACCAGUUAUUCUUCUUGAUUAUAUCACAAAUCAUUACGAUGAGAUUACGAAGGCUCGGAAGAUGCUGGCUGAUAAACAAAAAAAUGAAGUAUGCUCUUUACAAAAAUUUUUUAAUAUCUUUGUCAUUACGAUAGGAUUAAACGAACAAAGAAAAGAAAGACGAGUUCCAAGGCAGUAUCUAAAAAAUCUCAAAGUAAAAGGAGAAAAGAGGAUUCAAAGCAGAGUCCAAAAAGUGGCAAAAGCCAAAUUAAGGGAGCUCUCAGCAAAAAACGCUAAAUAUACUUGGCUCUAUGAUGGCGCUGAAGAUGCAGAUUCUGAAGCUUCUGAGCAAAUUUCAUCGCAGAAAAUGAAUGGUUUACUUUUGUUCAAGGACUUCAUUUUGAUUUUAAUAUUGAGCACCGAUCAUUCUCCUGUACCCGAUGCUGGCAGGGAAGAGGUAAUUUCCUUCCAGAGCGAGACUGCAGCAGCAUCAAACCCAUUAAAAGCUGAUCUCCAAAUUUCUAAUGCAGGAACCGAAGUUUUUGAAGAGAAACGUGAAGAUUUAGAGGAAUUCAAAGAUUGUGAAGGAAAUUCUGAGAAUGAUGCAUUUAAAAUUACAAAAGUCAAUUUCGUUGAUGUUGUAAAAUGCUAUGAUGGCGCUAUCAAAGUAAUAUACACAAAAGAAGAUGAGGCACAACGUUACAUUGUGUCUGUUAGAGAAGCAUUUGAAAUUGAUGGUUAUGGUUUGGUGCAGUACUUAAUUGGUCGCUGUGAAUUUAAUGAACUUCAAAUAAGUGGCGAGUGA